GUGGCGGCCCGGGCCCAGCGAUGCCCAAAGGCAGGUUGGCCAACCCCAGCACCAAGCGGGACGGCGCUUGGUUCCCGCACCUUGGAAUAUUCCAUAGUCAACCUGAAUCGGUCACAGACUGUAUGCUAAAACAGGUACAAAAUCCAGAAGAGGUUCAAUAUAUUGAGAAGAGAUUGCCACUAGUAUACAAAAUUCGGGAGCAGAAGGCAGUAAAAAAUCACUUUCCAUUUUCAACCCAUGACAACAGGCAUUGUUUACAGAAUGUGGGAGAGUACUUUGAUUUUAGCCUAGGACGAAAGAAGGUUGAACCAGAAAGAAGGCAACAGAAUUCACAAAACUUCUGUCUGUGGGCACAUGAAUACAUUCCUAGUAGUCAUGAUGGUUUUACCAUUUAUCAAACAUCAUUCAUAGGUGAUCAAGAUACCAAGCGUCCUUUUUGUAGGCGAUAUCCAAAACAACACUUAGAAAGGUGCUACAUUUAUAAAUGUGUUCCUGAGAAUGAAAAACACAUGUAGUCAAACCACCAUGUUAAUUGCAGGAUUCCUUAUUUCGUAUUAAUUAUUUAGUAUUAUUUACUCCUUAUUUAUCAAUAUCCUUUCUCUGGAUCUGAACCACUCUUACCCAUCAAACACAUGAUGGAAUAAAUAUCUAUGUAAAAUGGAUACUGCAGUACAUGUUGCAAAUAUUUACAGUUGGCAGGUUCAUUGAAAUUAGCAAUUAUCUUGCUGUUUGCAUUCUUUAGCUUUACUGAAAACUAAAAUUGCUAUGAAAACAUUAUAAGUUACAAUAAAGUAAGUUGUAAUGAAU